AAGAGGGCUUGAUGGCCAUGCUAUCGCGAGAGCGGCGUUCCGCGACCGCAGCGCUCGAUGGCGCUGGUGGGGGCUGGAUGCGCCCACGGCUCGUCCCCCCUCUGCCGUGUAGAUCACACGCGAUCGGACGGAGACUGGCGGAGGCAGCAGUCGCGGGAAAGUGAAAGAGGAGAAGGAGAAAGCACGGAAGUCCCCACACGGGAGCAGCAAUGCUGUCUAAUCCACUUUUAUUUGACAGAAUCAGCAUAAAUUCUCUUCGGAAAAACUCUCAUGCCUUCUAACGCGGAUGUUUAAAUCCACAAAGAUAAAAACAGAAAAACAAAAAAAAAGCCCACCGCUGGCUCUCACAAGUGGACAGAUUUUUUAAUAAAACCACGGCGUGAGAGGGGGAGGGUUGUAUGGGUGCCAAAUCUCCAACCAAGACACGGCACAUCUCAGUCCACCACUGCCUCCUCCCUUCUCUCCGUCCUUCCGCUCUCUCCUCCUUCGCUCCUUUCUCAUUCUCCAUCUUUGCCGCUCAUGGGAGUGACAUAGGGGCCGCCCCCUGGUCUUCUGCCCCGCCCCUUCUCCACCUCGCCGGGGAAGCGGGAGCGUCCAGGUAGUGAUGUCGUGGAAGAGGAACUACUUUGCAUCGGGUUGCGGAGCGGCCGGCGGGGGGCAGGGGCUGGUGACCCCGAGAACCAUGACCUCCAUCGCGCCCAGCAAAGGCCUGAGCAACGAGCCGGGGCAGAACAGCUGCUUCCUCAACAGCGCUCUGCAGGUUUUGUGGCAUCUCGACAUCUUUCGCAGAAGCUUCCGACAGCUGACCACUCACAAGUGCAUGGAGGACUCGUGCAUCUUCUGCGCUUUAAAGAGUAUCUUUGCUCAGUUCCAGUUCAGCAGUGAGCGCGUUCUGCCGUCAGACGCUCUGCGCAGCGCGCUGGCCAAGACAUUCCAGGACGAACAACGCUUUCAGUUGGGCAUCAUGGAUGACGCUGCUGAGUGCUUUGAGAAUCUCCUGAUGCGAAUCCACUUCCACAUCAGUGCGGAGAGCAGAGAGGACAUCUGCACGGCCAAACACUGCAUACCCCAUCAGAAGUUUGCCAUGACUCUGUUCGAACAGUGUGUGUGUAACAGCUGCGGAGCCACGUCGGACCCUCUGCCCUUCAUUCAGAUGGUUCAUUACAUCUCCACAACAUCACUCUGUAACCAGGCGGUACGGAUGCUGGAGUGCAGAGAGAAACCCACUCCGGAUAUGUUUGGAGAACUGCUCCGUAAUGCCAGCAACAUGGGAGACCUACGCAACUGCCCUAGCAACUGUGGGGAGGUGCUGCGUAUCCGCCGGGUGCUGAUGAACUCGCCAGAGAUCGUGUCCAUCGGGCUGGUGUGGGAUUCUGACCACUCUGACCUUGCGGAGGACGUCAUACACAGCCUGGGAACCUGCCUGCGUCUGGGAGAUUUGUUCUACCGUGUGACAGAGGAGAGGGCUCGCCAGGCGGAGCUCUACUUGGUGGGCAUGGUGUGCUACUACGGCAAGCACUACUCCACCUUCUUCUUCCAGACCAAGAUACGCAAGUGGAUGUACUUCGACGACGCGCACGUCAAAGAGAUUGGCCCAAAGUGGAAGGACGUAGUGUCUCGCUGUAUCAAAGGCCACUAUCAGCCCCUUCUGUUGCUCUACGCUGACCCCCGUGGGACGCCGGUGAUACUGCAGGAGAGCCCCAACCCCUGUACCAGCUCCAACCCGCAGCUGGAGCUCCAGCACUGCAGCAGCAAAGCCGGUUACGACAGUGAGGAUUCAGGCCGGGAGCCGUCUAUAUCCAGCGACACUCGCACCGAUUCCUCCACCGACAGCUCCAGUCACCGCACUACCCGGGGCCGACCCCUGCACCAGUCCACGGGCAGCCAUCUCUCCAGCGAGUCCCAGACCACGGUGGUCUGCAAUUACGACACCGACACACCGCCGCUUGGUGCUGACGCUGGAGAGUCAGCGGUGGAGGGUCCUGCCCACCCUCCCUCUCCUCCGCUGCAGGAGUAUAAGGAGACGGCCGUCUUCCUCCUCUCCUCCCGCCGGCCCCUCACCUCCUCCUCCUCUUCCUCUCGCCCCCUGUCUUCCUCGUCUUCGUCGGGAGUCGGGGGCUGCGAGGGCGGGGUCGGGGGGCCCCACUGGGAGGAUGAAAGCACGAGCAGCGAGAGCAAGUCCAGCUCCUCUGGAAGUCGUUACCGGCCGACCUGGAGGCCUAGGAGAGAGGCCCUGAACAUCGACAGUAUUUUCACACGACAGAGAGACACUUGUCUGGGCUAUAACACAGUACCUGCCCCCCCUGUCCACCCAGACCCCCAGGACUCCAUCCCUUUGGAGGGACCUGCCCCACAGUCAGGACUGCAAGACUCAAAGUCAGGCCCGCCUCCCGACUUGGAGGUGGGCUUUGGGCUGGUAGGUCAGCCCAGGUCUCUGGGCAGUGGGCGGACAAUGGGUCCCCCUGCUCCUCCACCUCUGAGAGGGGUGGAGCACCAGCCACGUCUGAUCCAGAGGAUGGAAAGUGGCUACGAAAGCAGCGAGAGAAACAGCAGCAGCCCUGACAGGGAGGUGGGGCAACAAAAACGGGCGCUAAUGUCAGGACCGUCAUGGCGUUCGGUGCCCAAGUCAAAGAGCAGCGGCGCUAUCCUGCAAGAGGUGCCCUCACCCAGUUGGGGUGGUGGCAUCAAAGCAGGCCCUGGGCGCAGUGAGCUGGAUGAACUGCAGGAGGAGGUGGCGAGGAGAGCCAGCCAGCAGGAGCAGCAGAAGCGGAAGGAGAAAGAGCGGGAGGCAGCCAUGGGAUUCAACCCCAAACCCAGCAAAUUCAUGGACUUGGACCAGCUCCAGCACCAGGCUGUGCUCAGACCCCUGCAUGAGGCUAACGCUCAUAGUGGAUUGGCUGUAGCUGCGUGCAUGAGGAGCACUGGGGGUCCGGUCAAACGCAGACAGGAACAAGAAAUGGAACGGGAGUCAGGAAGCGUCUGCCCACAGGGGCCCCGCAGUGAACAGCCUGGCUCGGUCCAAGUAUUGCUGACACCCAAUCAGGAGGAGGAAGAGGACCAGGCAACGCCCAGCCAGGACGCUGCUCUGGGCCAGGACCCGCCCCCUCCCCCAUACAGACCCGCUCCCCUUCGGCCCACACUCACCCUCAGUAUCCCCCACCCAUGUGGCCCUUCCCAGCAGGGGGACGGAGAGGAUGGGCUUUCGGGGAGGAGAGGGGAGGAAGGUGAGGACGGGGGAGAGGGCACGGGGGUGAGGCUGUGUGAGUUGCUGCAGGCCGGAGGAGUGAGUGUCAGACCCCUGGGGAAGCACUUAGCCAUUUCAUUACCCUCGCUUCCUCUGCGUCUCUGGGAUACACAUAUCGCACACGGCUCACCGCCCGCACACCCCGAACCCGCACAGGCUCCGCCCCCUCCCUCCACCCUCCCACUCCAACAUCCUCUGGAAACUUCCAGGCAAAGAAAACUUGUCACCCCGCUCUGGCAGCCCCCCCAAACCCAGGCCCCUGACCCCGGGGCCGGCCACUGGCAGCAGCAGGGAGCUGCCGCGGACGGCGGCACGCGUCACUGGUCCUCCUGGAGCCUGGACCGCCCCGACGCCGUGGUGACGCCCUACGACACGCCCCCGGACCGCUGCGUUCCCAUCAGGCCGCGGACGCCCGGUCACAACUACAAUUACAGCUGCCAGUCGUCUCCGGGGCACCACAGCUCCCAGCAUGCCCCGGGGGGGCUGCAGAGCGAUCCCUGCUGCGAGCGCGAAGUGGCCGAGCUGUCCGAGCUGGACUCCCUUUACCAGGCCAGCCUGCUGGCCGGGAGGACAGGCUGCAGCCCAUCGGAGAGGCUCAUAUCCAGGGUAGGAGGACAGGCUCGCUCCAAGACCCCAAACGCAGACAUGGAGAGGAGUGUGUACGGGGCGGACUGCGCCAACACCCCCACCUACCUCAACAAGCCAGUUAUGUUGCAGGAUCUGCGUCUUGGGGUGGAGCCCGGUGAUGGGGAGAACCAAAGGCGAAUAGGACGCAGCCUGAGUGGCACGGUGGUGACCUCGCGCCGCGGCCGCCUGACUGCGACCCGCAGCUUUGUGAAGCAGGCUGAUUCCCUGUUGCUAUUCCACCACUAUCACUUCCUCCAUCCUCUUCAUCACCAACACUUUCUCAUCACCACUUCCCUUCACCGCUUCACAGGAGCUGUCCAACGGUGCUGGGAGUUUUUGGCUGUGUCUGACGGGGGUGAAACUGCCCUCGGACCAGAGUCCUACUCUGCUCCGCUGAUGGUCACUCUGUCCUCCUCCACACGGGGCGGCAGCCCCGGGGUCCUCGACAGCCUCACCACCAUGGACCUGGGAUUUGUCUGGGAGGAUGAACAUGACGCUAGUCUGGAUGUGGGUAAUAAUGCCGUCUUCCUGCUGAAGCCAGACCUGGAAACGCUCAGAGUACUUCCAGGAGGAGGUGAGGCUCCAGGAGAUGCUCUCAAGCCACCAUGA